CUUGACGUCGGGGCGAUGGUCGCUGGUACCCAGUGGCGCGGCAUGUUCGAGCAGCGCUUGAAGGAUGCCAUCAAGCAGGUGGAGGAUGCCCGCGGCAAGCUCAUCCUCUUCAUAGACGAGAUGCACAUGAUUGUUGGUGCUGGCGACCGAGACGGCACCGGGGACGCUGCCAACAUCCUCAAGCCGGCGUUAGCCCGUGGCCGCAUCCGUUGCAUAGGCGCAACCACAUCCGAAGAGUACCGCAGAUACAUUCAGAAGGAUGCGGCGCUCGAUCGGCGGUUCCAAAGGGUUGAUGUCGAGGAGCCGAGCGUGCCGGCGACCGUUGCCAUCCUGCAGGGGUUGAAGCACCGGUACCAAGACCAUCAUGGACUGACGAUUCGCGACGACGCUCUAGCUGCUGCCGCACAGCUCGCCGCCCGUUAUAUUACAGGUCGCCAGUUUCCUGAUAAAGCAAUUGAUUUGAUGGACGAGGCAUGCACUACCGUGAAGUUGCAUAAGCAAAAAGAAGUUGAAAAUAAGGAAACUAACACUACAAAUGCACUGGAGGAGUUAACCGUUGGUCCAUGCCAUAUUGCCCAGGUUGUGAGCCGGUGGACUAAAAUUCCGAUCACCACACUUGGUAGAGAGGAAGAGAAGUUGAGCCACCUAGCAGACAGAUUGCAUGAGAGGAUUGUUGGACAGUUUGAAGCCGUUAACUUGGUUGCCCAACAAGUGCUACGUUCUAGGGUCGGCUUUGAUCAAUCUGGCCAACCAAUUGGCUCUUUCCUCUUUUUGGGCCCGGCUGGUGUUGGAAAGACAGAGCUUGCGAAAGCACUUGCGGAGAAGUUGUUUGACAAUGAGAAGGCAUUAGUCCGCUUUGACAUGUCUGAAUAUGCCGACAGUGGUUCUGUGUCACGUCUCAUUGGAGGACCUCGAAGCUAUGAAGAAGACGGACAACUCACUGAGAAAGUCAGGAGCCAACCGUAUAGCGUUGUUCUUUUUGACGACGCGGAUAAGGCACAUCCCUCGAUAUUCAAGGUUCUCAUUCAACUCCUUGAUGAUGGCAUGCUGGUUGAUGGGAAAGGACGCAACGUAAAUUUCAAGAACACUAUCAUCAUCAUGAGCUCAACUCUAGGAGCAGAGAACCUGUUAGCUAAAAUUGCUGGAGAAAACAUGGAAACUACACGAGAUCUUCUCAUGAAACAGGUCGAGAAACGCUUUAAGCCUGAAUUUCUCAACAAACUGAGUGAAAUUGUGAUGUUUGAGCCGCUUUCACACGAUGAACUGAGGAAGAUCACGAGAAUCCAGAUGAAGAGGGUCAUUGAUACAACAGCUUAUAAGGGCAUCUCUCUGCUUGUAACAGAUGCCGCAUUGGAUGUCAUUUGGUCAGAAGCACAUGACACGGUGUAUGGCGCAAGGCCUAUUAAAAGGUGGAUGAAGAAAAAUGUGACAAGAGUUCUUGUGGACAUGCUGGUCAAUGGAGAAGCAUGUCAAGGGUCGACCAUCUCCAUCGAUGCCGCUGACGAUAAUAAGGGGCUGAAAUACCAGGUACAGAAGUAGCAUGCCGGAGGUGGCAGAUCU